UUUCCAGCAGUGCGCGCAGUCGCCAUGAGCUGACGUCAUUAGGGGAGGCAGGGUGCAAAAUUUUGGAAGCCAUCUUCGAUCCGUGACGGUUAUCAAAGGGUUAUUUUGGUGACAAAAUCAGGAGGCGUUUCUGUCGGCGAGUAUCUGCAUUGGCCGAUCAGACGGAAUCAGGGAGGCUGCGGAACCGAAAGGAGCAGCCCCGAUGCCAGUUCGUAAACAAGGUGAGGCCCACCGGGCCCUAGAGUUACUUGAGGAUUACCAUUCCAAACUCACCCGGCCGCAAGACAAACAGCUCCGACUGGCCAUCGAGAGGGUCAUCCGCAUCUUCAAGUCCAGACUCUUCCAGGCGCUGCUCGAUAUACAAGAAUUUUACGAGCUCACGCUGCUCGACGACACCAAAUCCAUUCAACAGAAGACUGCAGAAACCAUCCGCAUCGCCAACAAAUGGGAGGCGACGGACGGACUCGGACAGCCCCCUUACGAG